AUGAAGCUUUUUACUUCCCUCCUCGUCGCUGCUUCCGCUGACCAAGCUGUCGAGCGAUUCAUGACUCAGUCAUUCAUCAACUGCGAGCACAACCACCUCGCCACCACCGGUACCAACGAAGGCGGCGCCUCCUGCCCCAAGAACAAAGUCAUCAGGGUCAUGGGCGCAACAUACGGUCGAAACGACGCUGAUACCUGUCACGGUGGCAACGCCUACGGAAACUGGCCAGAAUGCUCCUUGGAUGUGACCGAGCACGCUGCUGCUGAUUGCGAUGGCAAACGAUCUUGCAACUACAAUGCCAACAACAGAGAAAUCAAGGAUCCCUGCGUCGGAACCACCAAGUUCACCGAGGUCCUCUACAAAUGCGAAUCCUCUGAGGGAGUCGAAGAUGCAGUCAAAGAAUCCAUCUCUUGCGAGCACUCCCACCAAGGAAACAAUGACCGACGAAUCAGCUGCGACGCCGGCAAGGUCCUCGAAAUCGUUGACGCCUGGUACGGUCGAGAAGAGCAGGACGUUUGCAACCCCAACGGCUCUUCUCACAAACACUACCUCGUUCCCGAUGGAGGCUGCAACCGAGAUGCGACUGAUUUCAUGUCCGACCGAUGCAACGGCAAACGAGCCUGCUCUAUCAAACUCAACAACGGAAUGGUCGGCGAUCCCUGCCGAGGAACCACCAAAUACUCCACCGUCCAGUUCAAAUGCAAGAACGAGUGCGACCACCUCGAUGCCCAGCCAGUUUUCCAAGCAGGCUCUGAAGUCGAAUGCCGAACCAAAGCCAAUGGAAACAAGAAGUGCAUUGCCACUUGCACAAGCGGAAACCGAACUGGAAACCGACGAAACAUUUGGACUUGCGACCGAUCUGAUCCAGUUUGGGUUGAAAACAAACCAUGUGCUUAA